AUCAAAAUAAUUCUUGUAUUAAGCUCUGAAGGUCGUUUAUUCAUCCCUCUCUUUCUCUCUCCAUUUGCAAUUCUUCAUCUCUCUCUCUCUUUGAUGAGUUUCGGCUAUGAAGAUGGUGAUCAUCUCUUCUGAAUUGGCAAUGUUGCUCUUGUGGGGCUAGCUAGAGGAUUAUCACAGCAAUCUCUCUCUCUCUCUCUCAGAAACCCUCGUACCGACAUAGGUUUUCCUUGGAAUUUCGGCUAGAGAGAUCGGCCUCGGCUUCGUCAGAUGUCGGUGCCGCAAUGGGUGGAGCCAUUGCUGGGCACCACAUUCUUCACCACCUGCUCGACGCACAGGGACGCGGCAAGGAGCGAGUGCAACAUGUACUGCUUGGACUGCAGUGGCGGCGACGCGAUCUGCUUCUAUUGCCACUCGUCGCGCCACAAGGACCAUCAAGUCCUUCAGAUAAGGAGAUCUUCAUAUCAUGACGUGGUGAGGGCUUCGGAGAUUCAGAAGGUGCUGGACAUAAGCGGAGUCCAGACAUAUGUGAUCAACAGUGCGAGAGUGAUUUUCCUGAACGAGAGGCCUCAGCCAAAAUCUGGGAACAGAAUAGCUCAUGCGUGUGAGGUCUGCAGAAGGAGCCUCUUGGAUCCUUUCAGGUUCUGUUCAUUGGGCUGUAAGAUUGCAGGAAUGAAGGGAAAUGGGGAUGAUCCAAGAAGCUUCGCCAGGGAGGCCAAGAAUGAUGAGAAGACAACUGGGAAGAUUAGAGAAGGCAAAAGCUCAAGGAGGGUCUCGAUGAGGGAGAGAGAAGAAUUGCAUGAGAGCUCAAGAAGAGACAAGAACCCACCAAAGUCUCUUCCACUCGUUCCUUCAAGCGCAAGGAGAAGAAAGGGCAUCCCUCAUAGAGCACCAUUUGGGUCCUAACCAAAGUUUAGGCAUUUUCAGCUCCAAAAGCCAGACUCUAUGCCAUACGAGCCUAACUUAGCUCACACAAGCUAAAGAAUAGAGAGAGAGAGAGAGAGAGAGAGAGAGAGAGAGAGAGAGAUUCCUCUGUUUUUCUUUUUUUCUUUUGAAGGAGGUGAUGACCAUCUUGUGUCCAAAGAGCAAAAGGGCAUGUAAUAAGUCCUGCCUUUUUGAGUUUUCUUGGGGGGUCCCCAAUUGACAACAAAUUCCCCCCUUCCCUCAAUAAUGCCACGAUUUGCUGUGUGUUUGAAAUUGCAAGGUGUACACGCCAUUAAGAUAUUAGGAGAAAGUCUCCUUUGUAAAGUCCGUUUAGUAUAUAUAUACAAAGAAACUAUUUCGUGUGGCCCCCUCGAACACAUGGGCAGUUCACAAA